CAGAAUACAGUCUACCAUAUAGUCUAAGAGUCUAUCAUAUACAGUCUUGUAUCUCUCUCAAGUCAGCCACGAUGGGCAGCAUUCAAGACCCGGAACCUGUGUCAAUAUCCCCAUCCCUAUCGACCCCCAAGAAAUUCUCCACCUCCCUCACGGACUACUCGACGACCCAUUCCACCAAGACUGGUCCAUACGCGGAGGAUCUCGACAUUGAUGCCUUGAUUGUCGGGGCUGGUUUCGCCGGAAUCUUUAUGCUCAAAACUCUGCGAGACCGGGGCCUCCGCACUAUUAUAUUCGAAGCUGGUAACGAUAUUGGCGGCACUUGGCGCUGGAACUGCUACCCGGGCGCCGCGGUUGACUCGGAAGUUCCUGAGUACGAGUUCUCCUGGCCGGAGGUCUACGAGACGUGGAACUGGAAGAGCAAUUACCCGACCUACCAAGAGCUCCGGGAGUACUUUGACCAUGUCGAUAGGGUGAUCGGCGUCAAGAAGGACUGCGCGUUCAACAGCGUCGUUGUGGGGGCCGAGUUUGAUACGGGAUCUGGCAAGUGGAGUGUGCGUACCGCGGACGGGAGGGUCAACAGUGAGAUUGACGUGCGCGACAAAAGAUGCGCUGUCAUCGGGACCGGCGCAUCAGGCGUGCAGAUCACUCAGGCAUGGGGUCCAGUCGCCGCCUCUCUAAAGAUCUUCCAGCGUACGCCGAACCUUGCCAUCCCCAUGCGCCGCCGGCCGCUGAGCACCGAAGAGCAAGGACGGAGCAAGAAAUUCUACCCGGAGCUCUUCCGGUACCGCGAGACCAGUUUUGCGGGCUUCCUCUACGACUGGGCGGAGAAGAAUACCUUUGAUGACACCGCUGCUGAGCGCGAAGCCUUGUACGAAAAGGUAUGGAAUGAGGGUGGAUUCCGCUUUUGGGUCUCUAUCUACAAGGACAACCUGUUGAAUCGGGAGGCGAACAAGGAGUCGUAUAACUUCUGGUGCAAGAAGGUCAGGUCUCGCAUCGGGGACCCAGUCCUUAGGGAGAAGCUGGCCCCGAAGGAGAUGCCGCACUACUUCGGCGUCAAGAGGCCUUGUCUGGAGACAAGCUACUACGAGCAGUUCAAUCGUGAGUCUGUUGAUUUAGUCGAUAUCAAGGAGAAUCCGAUUAGCCACUUUUCAGAGACGGGGAUCGUCCUCCAAGAUGGGACAGAGCAUGAGGUAGAUGUCGUGGCGGUUGCUACUGGAUUCGACGUCGUCACCGGCGUCAUGACCCAACUCGGCCUCAAAAGUAUUGAAGGCGAAUCCCUUGAAAAAGAAUGGGUGCCAGGCGCGCAGACCUACCUCGGCCUCACCGUCAGCGGGUAUCCCAAUAUGUUCCACAUCUACGGUGCUCACGGCCCAACACUGCUCAGUAACGGGCCAACGACUGUCGCUGUGCAGGGCCGCUGGAUCGCGGACACGAUAGCCAAGAUUGAAGCGAAUGGUGUCAAGUAUAUCAAUCCAAAGAAGGAGGCCAGUGAAAAGUGGAAGAAGCAUAUUCUAGAACUCAAUGAGAUGACACUGUUCCCAACGACCACCUCCACUUAUAUGGGCGGGACCAUACCUGGGAAGGUGUACGAGCCUGUGUGCUAUGCCGGUGGGAUUCCGGCGUACGUGAGGGAGACCCGGGAGGCACUAGAUAACUGGGAGGAAGGGUUUGAUGUCGUCAGGGAGGCGGCAAAGUUGUAG